GACGUUCGUGUGCGGGCGCUUGGGGUUCGCGUUUGCCAGCCCGAUGCCGACGCUCCUCCCAGAGAACAUCAAGAUGCGCCAGCGCACGCUGAGGGACUUCCUCAGCACUGACCACCCAGAGGAGUUCGAUAAGCUCACGGCGACCAUGGUUCGCGUUGACGGCAUCCUGCCCACCCUGACCGCCACAAACGAACACCUCUGGCUGAUGGGCGUGUGCGACAACAUGCCCAAGUACAAUAGAUUCCUGAGGCCCGAAGAGAGGUGCGCCCUGAUGGGCCUCGACCCGUCCGUCCUAGAGCGAGUCGACCCCGACUGCAGGUUGGCAGCCGUGGGUGAUGCUAUGGCCCUUCCCACGGUGGGGCUUGCGAUGGCGCCCCUGUGGUCGGGCACGAAG